AGUUACGCAUGCUCUGUCGGGAUUGGAGCUGAACUGUCAGGUGGCCUUUGUUGCUGUCAACAUUUUACAAAAUCCAACCUCUAACAAUAACUAUUUCACAAUUAUUAACUAAUUUUUACACAGUAUCCAGUUACAGAUACAAUUUUUUAAACAAAAGUUCUAUUUUAUAAAUAAAAACCUAAAAAAAUUUUUUUAAAAGUGUUUUGUGAUUAAUAUGAAAUAUAUAAAGUUUAUUUUAUUAUUACUUACUCUGACAAGUUGCUCAAUUAUAUACAGUACAGCUUCUCUGCAGCCGCCGACUGAUGUAAAAGCCGAGAAACUUCGCUCUGAACGACUUCCUGACUGUGCUGCCUGCAGAGUGCUCAUUGAAAGUUUUCAAAAGGGUAUAGAAAAAACCAAAAGAGGCAAAUUUGAAGGCGGUGACACGGCAUGGGAAGAAGACAACCAGAAAUCUUAUGCCAGAAGUGAAGUAAGACUGACUGAAAUCCAGGAGAACCUGUGCAAGGACGUAAUCCGCGGUGAAAUCCAGUGCCAAGAAUUAGCCGAGGACUUAGAAACCGCGAUAGAAGAGUGGUGGUUCAAGCACCAGGACCUCCAUCCGGAUAUCUUCGCUUACAUUUGCGUGGAUUUCACAGCCAGGUGCUGUCAGAAGGACCGGUGGGGCAAAGACUGCUCAGAGUGUCCAGGUUACCCCGACAAUGUCUGCGGCAACAAUGGAAAAUGUCGCGGCGCUGGCACGCGAAAAGGCAACGGCACGUGUCACUGCGACAAAGGGUACACCGGAGAGCAUUGCAGCGAGUGCGAUAAAAAGUACUAUCAAUCUUACAAAGACGAGACGAAAUUAUUGUGCUCGAGUUGUCACGAGGCGUGUGGUGACGGGUGUACAGGUGCUGGCCCCGCGGACUGCCAGGGUGAGUGUAAAAAAGGCUGGGUCGUCGAUCAGGAGAAAGGAGGCUGCGCUGAUGUAAACGAAUGUGUCAAGAGCGAUAAAUAUUGUCCUGGCAAUCAAUUCUGCGUGAAUAAAGACGGCGGAUAUUCAUGUCUGAAAUGUGACCGGGCGUGCAACGGAUGCAUAGCAGAUGGCCCAGACAUGUGUGUCAAAUGCGCCGAUGACUACGAGAAGAAAGACAAUAUUUGUAUAAAUCCGGAUAUCCUCGGUCGUAAGCAGCGCGAGAAUUGGGCGCGAUACGCAACUUACUUUGGACUCUGCCUAGCAACUUACAUUAUUCUGCAGGGCAAUGUCUAUGCUGCUAGUGCUAUCGGGUUGAUGGUCGCACUCUACAUAUCUGUUUCCGAGUACAUGAUUGCUAACACUAAUGUUCAAGACACUACGCCCAAUGUUGACUUUUUACCUCCUACAAAUUGAAAUUAGUUCUUUUUAAUUAACUCAAAACAUUCCAAAGUUUUAUUUUUAGUUGAGAUGAAUUGUGUGGAAAUUCUUGUACAUUAGAAGUGUCUAUAGAUCUCAUAGAUCUAUAUUUUUAGUUGUUUUAAACUUUUGUACAUAUUUUACGAGCAACUCUGCUUAUUUAUUU